UACUUGUAAUGGACACAAGGACAGACCAGACAUUCAUUUUAAAGGGUCUAAGGAAAAGCAGUGAAUACAGCAGGAACAGAAAGACCAUCAUCCCCCGCUGUGUGCCCAACAUGGUGUGUCUGCACAAGUACAUCAUCUCUGAGGAGUCGGUGUUUCUUGUGCUGCAGCAUGCAGAAGGUGGCAAACUCUGGUCAUAUAUCAGUAAAUUUCUAAACAGAAGUCCUGAAGAAAGCUUUGACAUUAAGGAAGUGAAAAAAUCUACACUUACUAAAGUUCACCUGCAACAGCCAACUUCUAGUCCUCAGGACAGCAGCAGCUUUGAAUCCAGAGGAAGUGAUGGUGGAAGCAUGCUUAAAGUUCUACCUUUGAAGACUAGUCUUACUCCAAGUUCUCAAGAUGAUAGCAACCAGGAAGAUGAUGGCCAAGAUAGCUCUCCAAAGUGGCCAGAUUCUGGUUCCAGUUCAGAAGAGGAAUGCACUACUAGUUAUUUAACAUUAUGCAAUGAGUAUGGGCAAGAAAAGAUUGAACCAGGAUCUCUGAAUGAGGAGCCCUUCACAAAGAAUGAAGAGAGUAGUGUGUAUACCAAAGCUGUGAAAAUUUUCCCCGCACACCUUGCUGCUGACAGUGACAGCCCCAGCACACAGCUGAUAGCUCAUGAGCUGAAGUUCUUCCCUGGAGAUGAUGACCCAGAAGCAGUUAGUUCUCCAAGAACAUCAGAUUCCCUCAGUAGAUCGAAAAACAGCCCCAUGGAAUUCUUUAGGAUAGACAGUAAGGACAGUACAAGCGAACUCCUGGGACUUGAUUUUGGAGAAAAACUGUAUAGUCUAAAGUCAGAACCUUUGAAACCAUUCUUUACUCUUCCAGAUGAAGAUAGCAUUUCCAGGAGUUUUAGUACUACUGAAAGCAAAGUAGAGUUUAAAGCUCAAGACACCAUUAGCAGGGGCUCAGAUGACUCAGUCCCAGUUAUUUCUUUUAAAGAGGCUGCUUUUGAUGAUGUCAGUAGUACUGAUGAAGGAAGACCUGAUCUUCUUGUAAAUCUACCUGGUGAAUUGGAGCCAACAAAAGAAGCUGCAGCAAUGGGACCUACUAAGUUUACACAGACUAAUAUAGGCAUAAUAGAAAGUAAACUAUUGGAAGCCCCUGAUGUUUUAUGCCUCAGGCUUAGUACUGAACAGUGCCAAGCACAUGAAGAAUGCACAGAGGCAUUGAGUGAUCCCUCUAGAUCCAAAUCCCAUAGUAUAACAGAGAAACACUAUGCACAGGAGGAUCUUGGGGUGUUAUUUGUAGCAGCUGUUGAUUGUAGUAGUUCAGGAGACAUGUCUUUGUUGCACAGCUCAGAUCCUAAGUUUCAGGGACUUGGAGUGGUUGGGUCAGCAGUAACUGCAAACACCACAGAAGAAGGCUUAUUCCAUAUUUCCAAUCCACUCUCAGGUGCUAAUGAAUAUAAUGCGAACACAGACACUUUAAAAACAGAAGAAGUAUUGUUGUUUACAGAUCACACUGAUGAUUUGGCCAAAGAGGAACCAACUUCUUUAUUUCAGAGAGACUCUGAGACUAAGGGACAAAGUGGGCUAGCACUAGAAGGAGACAAGGAAAUACAUCAGAUUUUUGAGGACCUUGAUAAAAAAUUAGCACUAAACUCCAGGUUUUACAUCCCAGAGGGCUGCAUUCAAAGAUGGGCAGCUGAAAUGGUGGUAGCCCUUGAUGCUUUACAUAGAGAGGGAAUUGUGUGCCGUGAUUUGAACCCAAACAACAUCUUAUUGAAUGAUAGAGGACACAUUCAGCUAACGUAUUUUAGCAGGUGGAGUGAGGUUGAAGAUUCCUGUGACAGCGAUGCCAUAGAGAGAAUGUACUGUGCCCCAGAGGUUGGAGCAAUCACGGAAGAAACUGAAGCCUGUGAUUGGUGGAGUUUGGGUGCUGUCCUCUUUGAACUUCUCACUGGCAAGACUCUGGUUGAGUGCCAUCCAGCAGGAAUAAAUACUCACACAACUUUGAACAUGCCAGAAUGUGUCUCUGAAGAGGCUCGCUCACUCAUUCAACAGCUCUUGCAGUUCAAUCCUCUGGAGCGUCUUGGUGCUGGUGUUGCUGGUGUCGAAGAUAUCAAAUCUCACCCAUUUUUUACCCCUGUGGAUUGGGCAGAACUGAUGAGAUGAACGCGCUGCGGGUUGUUUUCACACAUCCUGAUCUUCUCUGUGACAGGCAUCUCCAGCACAAGGGCAACUCUGCAGCAUGGUCACUAUGGAGCAUCAAAGCAUUUGGAUAUAGACCUUUAGAGGAAAUGCAGGAAGAAAAAGGCUAAAUAAGAACAACUCAUGUACAAUUACUGGCUGGACAAGAUAUUAGCUAAUUUUGCCCAGAGCUGUUAUGUACUCACCUUUAACCCAGGUGUUAUCUUAGUGUUGCAGGUGAGUUGUAAACCCAACUGAAAGAGGAAUGCCCUUCAAGAAGUUCCUCUGAUGUGAAGCUGUAAGUGUAAAAUUAAAUUUUACUUGAAAGAAGGACUUUUACAUGGCAGCUAACAGAGCUUUCUGCUAACCAGGAUUGGUUUAUAAGAUCAAAUUAAUAUUUGCGGAUUAAGACACUAAAAACUUCAUGAAUAAUGUCAUCUGUGGGACCUAAAAAGUGAGAAAAAAAGAAUAUACGCAUGAUGUCUGACAGAAAACCUGUACCAUGAUCUUAUAUAAUUAAUGUAUCUUGAAUGUGGCCUCAGAGUAUAUCUGUGACAGAAUGCUCCAUGUUGUCAACUUCGUACUUUGUUGGUUGAUACUGCUUAUUUAGAGAAGGGUUUGUAUAAACACCCAUGCUGUCUUUCUCUUCAGCCUCACCUUUCUUUCUGUAUCUUCAUUUCCUGCACCCUUUGCUCUUUCUCUAGUACUGUUCCUCCUAAUCCUAACACACUACAACUUAAGGAGGAAAGGGAGUAUUUAUUUUCCCAGACUGCAUCAGCUUAAUAAGGACUAAGAAAUCAUGAUGUAAAAUAAAUAUGGUAAAAAUUUAGAUAUCUUCUUCAUUUAAUAGCUUAAGGUUUUUUCUUGUUUGUUUGUUUUGUUUUUUUAAGAAAGGUCUCUUCCUCUCCUUUUGGAAUGUUGUCAGUUUCUGCUGCUGCUUCUUAUACUUGACUUCAUUUUACUUUGGGGCUUGGUAUACUAAGAACCCAAGGAUCUCAUCUAAGUGGAAUUAAAUGACAAUCCUAUUUUAGUCCUUACUGUGAUGACAUUUCUACAUUUGAACUUCUAAUCUACUUGACAUUAUAUAGAAAGAAUGUGAGUAUUCACACAUCUCCAAACAUUGUAUUUGUUAUUUCUUAGUGUUGCAAAGAUAGCUCCUAUAGUCAUGCAUUGUUUACAAAAAUUUACAAAUGUUUUAAAGUAAUGUCUAUUUUUAAAAUUUUAUCCAAAGAAAGAAUAAGUUACUAUUUUCAAGUUAGAAGCCACCAGAAAUAAUCGAAAUUUUCUGUAUGUUUUAAUCUUCUUUGUAUUUUUGAGACCUGUUAGUGCCCACCCUUACUCUAAGAGCAUCUGUACAGCUUCCAUCUGCCCAUGACCGGGUCCUCCCAUCAAUUUAAAUGGAAACAGAAAAUGCUUUAGUGAAACAAAGGAAAUAUGCAGGCAUUUUUCCUUUUUUUAUUAUUCUACUCCCCUUUUUCCUUUUUGGUCCCCUUAUAACCUGAACCCCAGCUGAAGGGCUGCAACAACACCAGGCUGGGGAGCAGGUCAUGGGGAUCAUAGCUCAGUCAAGAUGACAUCACUCCCUGGAACUGGAUUUCAAUGCACUAGUCCCCUGGCCUCAUAACAGGAACUCAUGCAGGUGAGACACAAGAAUGACUUCCUUUGUAGGACUAGUCGGAAAUCUGCUAGUACUUAGAGCUGGCUAUUACAGAACUUCCUUCCAGAAGUGCCCUAUGACAUGAAAGUAGGACUUCACAGCUAAGGUGAAGAUCCCUGCUCUGCCACGUGAUUUGGGUUUCUUGGGUUCAGAGGACAGUAAUGUCAACAGAUGGUUGCUAUGUCAAGUCUGAUGACAAUUUUAUUGUUUCAGUUUCUCCCUCUCUUUCUCUUUGUAUGUUUGAUUGGAGCUUGUGCUUAAUGUAAAUACAUUUAUAAUCAUGGUGGACAUGAAUUAUUUUAGUAAUAAACACACAGGUUAAAUGGC